GAAGUGACGUGACGGCUGUGACGCGAAGGGACAGAAGCGGAAAACAGCGGGCUUGUUUGAAAAGAGGAAACCGUCUCCCUGGUUACUGACAGCCGUGUUAUCCACACAGAUGUUUCAUCUGGCGUUGUACAAAACAAUAUAACGGAUGUACACGGGUGAACCCUUCAAUUUCUCACAGUUCGAAGUAUGCCGUGACUUUUUUUUUUCUAGCGCUCUGACUUCGGAAAGCUGUCAACACCAGAAAGAGUGUAACUGUUUAUGCUUUACGUGGCUAACGCUAGCUAAGUAAUCUCAGUGUUGGUCUUCCUGGUGCUGCUGCAGGGUUGAUAUCUGCGUGGUUAGCAAGCGAUCGAAAUAGGUCCGAAAAUGAGCUCCAAAGACGAUUCUCGCAUCCUGGUAUUGGAGGAGCAGCUGAAGACUUUAUCAGAUGAGCUUUUGCAAUGCCAGGCAGACAAGGAGUUUGUGUGGUCUCUGUGGAAAAGGCUGCAAGUGGCAAAUCCAGACUUGACCCAGGCUGUCAGUUUGGUGGUUGAGCGUGAGAAGCACAAAGCUGAGAUUAAGGACAGGAAAGUGUUGGAGAUCCUUCAGUCUAAAGACUACAAGAUUCAAGAGUUGGAACAGAGAGUGACCGGGCAGCAGCAGGAGAUUAACGGCUUGUUACAGAGGAGGACGGCGGAAGAGGAGAGUGAUUUAAUGAAGAAGGAGCUGACAGCUCUGCGUGAACAACUGGUCAAUAAGAGUCAGGAACUUGAGGAAAUGAAGACAAAAUGUAGGAGGAAAGAGGAGGAGGAGCGGCAGGUGGUGCAGGCUCUAGAGGAGGAGAAAGAGGGAUUAGCUUCCCGCUGCGCCGCCCUGCAAGCUGACCUGGAGGAGAAGCAGAGGCAGGCCAACAGCCAACGAGACCAGAGGGAUGCUGCCCAGACCAGAAUAAAGGAUCUAGAGGAGAAGCUGCACAACACCUGUCAGGAGCUGACUGCCUUGCAGAGCCACAGUAGCAGCCUGGAAGCUCUGCUUUCCUCCAAAGACACAGAGUUGGCAACUAAACAUGAACAACUUGAUCGCCUUUGUCGUGAUUUUGCAGAAGUGCAGACGCUGUACAGACGGAGCACAGAGCAUGCAGCGGAGCAGAGCCACCUGAUUAAGCAACUGGAAGGACUCAACCUCGACACACAGCGAGUUCUGCGGAACCAAGAAGAGGCUCACUCUGCUGACGCUACCUCCUAUCAGCAGCUAUACAAAGAGUUGAGUCAGUGCUACCAGGCUCUCGUGUCUAGUGAGGCCAAGCUCCGCCAGAGUCACCAGGAGCUGAGCAGCCAGCUGGCGCAGAAAGACCAACAGAUCUUAGAACUCCAAGCUGAGCUACAACAGCAGCAGCAGGAACAAAUACAACUUCAGCAGGAGCUGCAGCGGCAACAACAGCCUCCGCUAACAGCCAUUUACCCCUCUCCACAAAAACAAACCAACUUUAAGGCGCUGGUGUCAGAGCAGGUUGAUGCGGCAGCCCAGAAGUCUAGCCCUGACCAGGCCUCUACUCGAGGUUCAUAUCCCAGGCCAGAGGGUAGUACUUUCCAUCAGAGAUCUGCCAGUUCCAUCAGAAGACAACAGGGUGCACCAGUGCAGCGGUCCAGGUCCCUGUCUCCAGCUGGCAGCGUCGGGUUCGGAAGUGAGAGGAGAAAAGAGGCAGAAGAUAGGAUUCAAGACCUCGAGGAGCUGCUGCAAUUGAAGACGGAGGAAAAUGAAGAGCUGAGGAGAGCUCACGAUAAACGCCGUGAUCGCCUGCGUUUGAUUCAGACCAACUACAAGGCAGUCAGAGAUCAGCUGAAAGAGAUGGAGAAAUCAAAUAACAUGCCAGGUGGAAGGAUACAGCGUGCAGCGCCGUGGCAGCUGCGGCAAGAGGACAGUGAUGCUGUAUGGAAUGAGCUGGCCUACUUGAAAAACCUCACCAGAAAACUCUCUAUUGAAAAAGCUGGCUUGGAAGAAGAGCUUGACAUGCUGCGAGUCCAGGCUGCUAUGGACCGGGCCACAGUAAAGGAACUCCACCUCUGUCUUGCAAACGAACACCAAGAAUUACUUCACAAAAUGGUUGAGGAGCACCAGGUCAAAAGCAGCACUCCGAAAAAGCCUUCUCUUCUUUCAGGUCGAAUGGAGCAGUCAUUGAAAAAGAUUGAUCAACUGGAGCAAAGAAUGAUAAGCAUGGAGGAGCAGACAGAAAGGCUGAAAGAUGAAAAAGAGCAGCUACUCGAAGUCAACGAAGACUUGGCCCACAACUGCCGCAAACUCCAAGCCUCUUUGGAUCAUCUAAGAACUCAAGAAACUGCUCGUGAAAAGGCAGCCCAUGCGCAGGCCGUAGCUCAGGAGGAGCAGCACUGUAGUGAGAUCAAGGCUCUAGAAGCACAGCUGGCCUCAUCUCAGAAAGAGGCUACCAAGCUUCAUCAGCAGUUGCUGAAGCUGAGACAGGAGCUGGGGAUUCUCAGAGCGGCCAAGGAUUUCUAUAGGAACCGUGCUGCAGGACCGAUGCGGGCAGGUGGGAUCGCUAACAGCAUUAGCAGCAAGGUCAAAUUCAAAACAACCAGGCACAGAGGUCUGCUACGGCAGGGCAGCCACCAAAGAGUCGGCGCCAAUCAAGCCAUCAGCUGGCAAAGCCCAAGCUCCAGUGCCGCUAAAGACGAGUGGGAGGACAUGAGCGUAGAAAGUGACAGUGCAGAGGAGUACUCGGACAGUCUCAACAGCCUGCCCCCAGGGACGUUGCCUCACAGACAGCACACUAAUAGACAGUCCUACAGGUGUUCGCCGAUGUCAAACACAGAAGCACCAGCGGCAGAAUCGCACAGAAAACAACCCGACGUUCCGGCCCGAGACGAUAAACAGCGUGAGCCGUGGGAACGCGGGACAAGAGGAGAGAAAAGUCGGCAGAGGAGGAAGAGGAUGCUUGUGAAGACCCAGCGCUGCUCCUCCUCUUCUCUGCAGCAGCGCAUCGAGUCUCUACAGCGUCACGUUGACAUACUGCGAAGUGCCAGGAAAGAUGCUAUGCUUUCAGCCAGAGAUCUACAAAGGGCCAAUGAGAUGAUCACAGCACAGCUCAACUCCCUCACUGAGAAGCUGUGCAGCAGCAAGCAGCUCACGCAGAAGCUGACCUCUGACCUGGCUGGUGUGCAGCAGCAGAAAAAGGUUUUGGAGAUGGAGUUGGAGCAGUGGAAGCAGAUCAAAUUCCCCCCGCAAACUACAAUACCACCAACAGCACCAGCGAACGCAGAGUGCUCCUGCCAGUGCAGAACCAUACCUGCCCCGGCUAACCCUGCCCUCCAGGCCCUGGAGGCUGAGGUCAAACAACUUCAAGCCAAACUUAAGAGUGCAAGUGCGGAGGUCACGAGGCAGGUGGCGGCUAACAAAGCCCUGCGAGGCCAGCUCCAGGAGAAGGAGGACAAACUCUGCCAGCUGCAGGAUAAGCUGAGCCACACAGAGCGAGAUGUGAGCAUGAAAAGGCAGCUGGUGGAGGACCUGAAGACACGACUCAAGUUCCUGCAGGAAAUGGAGAAAAGUUACCGGGGACAGGUGGAGGAGCUAGAAAAGAAGGUGAAGACUUUAUCAGAGGAGGCCAGCAACAGAAAGGCCCUAAUCGAAUCCCUGAAGAGAAGGCUGAAUGUGGCAACAACAGAGAAAAGCCAGUACGAGGCCUCCUGUGCAAAACUGAAAGAGGACUUGGAAAAAAAGGAGCAGCGCAUGCAUGCCCUACAGGCUCGUGUGGGAGCUGGUGAACAGGCUUUGGCUGCACUGGAACAGACAGCCACUGAGCAAAUGGAGGGGUUGACCCAGCAGAGCUCCCAUGCCUUGGAAAGGGUUCAGAGACAGCUAGGCCAGGCCUACUCCCAACUGGAGCAGCUACAUUCUUUUAUCAAGGCCCUGGCCAGUGAAAUACUUUUAGACGUUCAAGAGGUCAAGCAGCAGUUGAUGAAGAGGAGGAGGUUGAGGCAGGCCAACUCUGUGGCAGCAAAGGGCGGCCUCUCAGCCAAGUCUAUGAUCAAAGCCAAGUCCAUUGCUGCCUCCAUCCUCAAUAUGUCAGAGAAUGAUCUCGCAGACAUAAUGGAAACUGAUCAGGGGACGGCAGAUUGCUCAGAGUAUCCCAGAGAUCAGGAGUGGCUGGCCCAUGUAAACCACAUUCUCCAGCAGAAGAUCCCCUCUGCCGGCCAGCUAAUGGAGGCUGUGCGCGUGAAGAUGAAGGAGAGGAAAGUGCUGACAGAAGAGCUGGCCACGCUCGCAACACCAGUCAGCGAAAAAGCCUGACUCCCUGGGCUGAGGCUGGGAAAACUGUCAUCCUCUUCGUUUCCUCCCUCCCUUCUUCUCUCCCUCUCCAGCUCCUACUCGGUGGGAGCCGGGCUGAGCCAAGCUGGGCCGGGGCAGCAGAACCAAUAUUUGUGAGAAAAGCGCUGUCGACUCACUCUGGGCCACUGGCUCAACGCAGCACCCCAGCUUUUGUAAAUGAGCCCUCGACAUCUGUGUUAGCACUCACUGCACUAUGUCUAUCAGAUAGGGCCCUUUAGUGCCAAGCUAAUUUACAGUGCAGCCACUCUCCUCCGCUCUCAACGCAGACCUGGGGUGAUAAGGCAAAUGCUUACUCUAAUGUUUAAAUUACACUUUUUGAAACUUUCUUUUACCCCUUUCCCUCUAAUUUAUUUGGCACCUCAAGAACUUUUAGGUUGCAGGGACUUGACCUACGCAUGCCUAGUCGACACUUUGAGAAAGUCCAAAGCAAGAAAGAGCAGAAUAUUCACUGCAAGGAGCUCCAGAGUGUAUUACCCUCAGAUCCAGUUCAGUGAUUGAAGCCUCAUCUGUUCCAUUUAUGAAAUGCACUGCAAGUAUUUAUUUCUGAAGGAGAUUGUUAAAACGUCUAAUCUUUUAUUUGUUAUGUAAUUAUGUUAAGUAUUGCUUGAUUUUUUUUUUUACCAUUUUGUUUAAUAAACAUUUACUAAAUUUCCAAAAUAAAAGCCCUUUUAACUUCUAAAGACUUUUUGUGAUAGUCGCUGUCGUUUGCUUUGCUGUGCUCUGGUACUUUGCUUGUUCUGGCAGUUCAAAGGACUGUCAGUCAGAGUGUGAUGGUGACUGAGGAUGCUCUGCUGGACUGCGGGGUUCUCGCACCUCUCUCAUGAUUGACAGCUGCCUGUUGGCAUGGUUCCUGUCUGUAACAAGUGGCCCCUGCUGCUGACAUCAUUAGUAAGGGUCGGGAUGAGCACACACACGCACACACACAGAGCCGUGGCGCACAAGAGGAGUGGUUCCAUCCUUGACACAGCUACCUCCGUUUCCUUUUAUCUGUUUCCCUUGUCCUCCCUCUCUUAUUAUUCAUUUUGAAUAUUAAACCACGAUCCAGGUCUCUGUCCUUGAGUUUGCAUCCCACUCAGGAGACCCACACGCCUCCUUUGAAAUUGCUUCUUCUUUUUUUUUUUUGAAUAACCACUUUCCUCCUUUCUUUUUAUUAUGUGUAAUAAACAGUGGCACGAAGGAUCCUCCGUUCAAGAAUUAAAAAGAAAUAAUUCCACUUUUUAAUUCCCCCCCACCAACCCCCCACCUCCUUCUCAAAUAUAUGCUAAUGAUGUCGUUUUCCUUUAUCUUUUUAUAAUAAAGGAUUAGGCCAGGACUGUCUCUAGCUGCAACUCGGGGACCAAUUUAGCUGGGAUCCAGGAGAGACAAACCCUAGUGGUUAAUUACCAUUCAUUAACAUAGUUUGCAUCUUUUCUUCUUCUCCAAUACCCAUGGGCAAGCUAUUGUCAAUAUUUGUCCCAUAUAAAUUUCUUCACUCUCUUUUCCUGUCACUGUCCUCCAGCGUAAUGCGGCUAAUGACAAACAUUAAUAACUCAGAGAAAUCCGGUGGCACCGUGGGUAAAGAGAAGCAAAACAUCACAGAGACCCCCUCCUGCAUGGCCCCGCCCUACCCCUCCGCUGUCUGUCUCUAUUUCUCUCUCUUCCUCGUAGCGUGUAAUGCACAGUCAACAUAUUUGCUCGCCGAAACCCGCCAUCCGGCCUCGGCUGACGCGCUCGCACUAUUUCUGUGACAUAUUCAAAUGCGGGCCCCCUCAGCUGGUACUCCCUCGGGUUUAAUUAACCUGGCCUUGCCUCUGACGCUCCCUCAGUGAAGAUGUUAAAAUGAUCUUGAAAACACCCUUCAAAUAACCACCCCCACCCCCCACCCCCCAUCCAAUGCACGCACACACACACUCAUUUCUUCCACUAGGCGCUGUGUAUGAUUCAUCUCCCCUUUUCUUUCUCCCUCCUCUGUGUAGGAAUGGCGUGCCAUACUCUUCUUUUCUUCUCUUUCACUCUCUCCUUGUCUUCCACCCUUCUUUUCUUGUACAGCUCUCAUUAAGAGAGGUUUCCUGUGGGAAUUACUUUGAUCAGUAGUUCCAAAUGCAGAGUUUUUCUCCCUUCCCCUUGUAUUCAUUCCAACACAAUCGCGGUGUCAUUUUCACUCUAUCUUUAUCUCUUUCCCUCCCUGCUCUUUUUAAAUCCAACUUUCAUGUAUAUUUUCUUUCCACAGAUUUCCUAAAGGAGAUGGUUCCUGGAGGGAUAGAAGAGGGUUAGGGUUACAGGUUGGCUUUGGGGUUCAUCGAGGAUUUCUGUGCAUGUGUGUUGUUUGUCCCAGGGCUUUCUUUCUGGUACUUUUAAGUUCCCUUUGUCUGGUGAGUCUGUGCCACUUGGGUGGGAAGGCGGGUAGACCUAAGUACAAAGAAAAGUAACGCGCAAACUGAGAAUUUCUUCUGCCUCCAUCUGAUACACAAUUAGUCCUUGCCGAUCUCGUCAGCCAGCUGUGGAGCGAACAGAAAAUAGCCUCUGGUGAUUUCCUUUACUUCGCUGACACAGUUUCACACCCCAGCUAUUGCUGCCAAUACAUCAGGCUGCUUUGAUUUUUGCCGGCACAGGCGCUUGGCACAGUCUAAAAUAACAAGGUGCUUGUGACAUACAGCCAAAUGUGUUUUCAACAAAUGUAUAAUGCAGCAUGUUUACAGUUGUUCAUUGUGUUAGUCCUCCGUGUUUGAUCCACAGAGAGAUGGUUCAGUAAUAAAAAGGUAGAUGACACAAAUCGCGCCACAUCUCAGCCUAAUAGUAAUUUCUGUUAAAACUCUCAGACUCGGCUUGUCAGCGUAUCCAUAUAUAAUGUUCUUUUAAUGUUGUAUCAUAUGGCACCUUAAAAAGAAGAAAAAGGAAAAAAUUCACAGUGUGUCCUGAUGCACGUGUGCUGUGUGUACAGCCUCAUUGAUCUUCACUUGAACAAGUCCCUUAUCCUUCUCUUCUGUGCUCCAGACAUGAAACAGCAGCAGAUUAUGGGUGGAUGCGGCCCGCCGUGGGAAGCUAGGGAGCAGAUAAAAAGGCAAGCCACUCCUGGGAAUAAAGCUAUGUUUUGAUGCUGUGUGAUGAAGCAGAGCCACAGGGUGAGAGGAAGGGGAAAGUUACAGAAUCCAUCUAUCUAAUAUGUAGUGUAUAUACUGUAUAUCCUGUAUUUUUUUUGUGUGUGUGUGGUUUUUCUCCCUCCCCGUCGUUUGGCUGCUCCACCGUAGCCGAGCUCUUCCAGCACUUUUAUUGUUCUUUGAGACUCACACUUUCUCUGUCCCCAGUGGACUGUCCUGAGCUUUGUUCACGGCAGCUGUCUCUCUAAAGCCAUGGCCAAAGCUUCUGGCGUGAAAAAAGAGAGAGGAAAAAGGGGGGAAUGAGACAGGGGCUGAUCCCAUCUCUAAUCCACCUACUCUUACAGCACAGGACCGAAGCCGCUGUCCUUGACCAUACCUCAGAGAGAAGUGGCUCUUCAGUGAGAUUCCCUGAACCCUCUAGUGUCCUUUUGAUUAGUGUGGGAUGUUGCCUCAAAUGACGUUGAAAAUAUUCUUGAUAUUUCAUAUCAAAGUGUACUAUAUGUCUAAUUUGUCAGACAUUUCCACCUUUAAAUUUGCCAGUUUUUUGUCCUGAGGUUUCAACCUCAUCAGUCGGCCCACUGUUUGUUACGCCAUUUUUCCACAUGUAUCAAAACAUUACCAGUCUUCAUUUAUCCUCUGUUACAAAAUAGGCAUCCAUCCUUUGUUUUCUGCUCCGGCACAUAUAAUAACACCUCAGUCUAAGGUGUACAGCCCCUCAAAGCACCUCUCCACCUUGACUAACUUUUCCAAGCGCUCAUUAGCGGACUGGCUGAAGUUUGGAGGGUAUGAAGCAGGCUGGCAGAUUACCCCCUGUAAAGUAGCACACCUCAGUGGCGGGUCGGUGCACGAAGUGCCAAACAA